AUGUCCGGCCACGGCCAGCAGCGGAUGGGCCCAGGUGUGUCACUGAGCGGGUGUGCGGGGCUGGAGGACACCGUGGAGAGCUUGCUCGGGACCCAGGGCAGGCGCGGCCAGGUCACUCCCAGGAUGUGGGCCGGCUCCUCCCAGGCCUGUCCCUCUGCCCCCCCACCCGCCCCACCCCGCUGCCAGUUCGCUGCCGCCCGGAACCACGAGCUCUCCCUAAAGGAGGCGGCUGGUGAUGGGGUCAGUGAUGGACUCUGGCCAGCAGCCUCCAUCCCGCCGGCACUCUGCUCUCCUCACCCGUCUUCCCAGGACCACAGGGGCCUCCUGCAUCCAGGCUGCCCCCGCGCCGCCCCCCACCCACACCCUCCGCCGCCUCCCCCACUCACCCCCACCCACCCCGGCGCUCGGCCCCGCCCCCGGCACUGGGCCCCGCCCACCGGAGCUCGGCCCCCGCCCACCGGAGCUCGGCCCCGGGAGCCCCGCCUCCAGCAGCGCCGGGCCCGCUGGGACCGCGGCCCCCAAGACGCGUGCGCAGACCCAGCGCGUUGGAACCGGGAGGACCAGGGCGGACCCUGGCCUGCGGGCGCCCCGCACGCGGCUUUGCACCUGCUUGAGCUGGAAAAGAUAGGGACCUCUCCCCAUCAGCUGAGUUGUGAAGGUGUUAUCAGGAAUGUGUCCAGCUCCUUGGAAAGCUUCAGGAGCAGCUUGGAAAAUGCCAGCGAGCAGGACUGUGAAUGCCAGCCCGGACCGGCCUCCAUGCUGCACACGCACACGUAUGUGUUGGCCCAAAGCCUCGAGAAGACUUUGUUGUCUGGGAAUCCCAUUAUGCAUUUUCUUAGCAAUUUCACAGUAACUGGGGGGUAAGUACGUAAUGUAAAAGUAAAAGAGUUGAUGCAGAACUUCACCAAGUUAAAAGAGCUUCGAUCUUCUCUCCACAUCUCAGAUGAAACUAUCAGCAGCAUUUUAGAAGCAAACGUUUCCCACUCAGAGGUUCUCUCCAGUGCCCCAACGGUGGCUUUGUCUUGAAGGUGCGAUGGGGAUGUGUUUUGUCUGCUGCUCAAGUUCCCUGAGGAUGGAACGUCCGGGUCUGCAGCGAGGGAGCUGUGCCGCCUGCCCGGGGCCCAAGUGUUUUCCCUGAUUGUGCUGAUGGGUCAGAACCCGGACCUGCGGAAUUUCGUAUACAAAACUCUGCUCCCUGUGGAAGCCAGCGGCCCGCUCAGCUCCCUGCUGGACGUCGUGUCCAGCCUCGGCCACCUGCUCCCCAGAGCCGGCCGCGUCCUUGAACACCUUCCCGAGUUCCUCCACGAACUUAAGAUUGCUACCUUGCUGGACACGCCCGACUUCCCACAGGCUUCACAAAGUAACCAGGUGAGAAGCUCAGCUUUUGGUUCUUUCCAGUCUGUGAUGAUGAAGGUGGUUUGCAAAGAGCAAGCAUCUUUCUUUAGGAACUCUGACAUCUUUCUUAACUUGCCUAGAGUUAAUGAACUCUUAGGAGACGACAAGGAAGAAUUGAACAUUCCUGAAGAUUCAACACCCUUUUGCUUGAAGCUUUAUCAGGAAAUACUACAGUCUCCAAAUGGUGUUUUGGUGUGGUCCUUCCUAAAACCUGUAUUACGUGGAAAAAUACUGUACACACCAAACACUCCAGAGAUUAAUAAGUUAACACGGAGGCCGGAGGGAGACCCACGGUUUCUGGGAGCCAGGAGCGUAGACCGGACCUUCUCCUCCGCGAGCGCUGUUUCUGGAACGGCGUUGCCCCCAGGGCGGUGGGGAGUGAAGAUCACCUCAGGAAGCAGGGGCAGCCGGCGGAGACCAGCGUUCUCAGCGCCGGGGGUGGGGGGCGGGGGGCAGGCAGCUUUGCCCGCCGAGCGCCUGCAGCAGCGUCCGGAGACGCUCUCCUCCCCGCCCUCGUCCCCGCCCUCGUCCCCGCCCACAGCUGGGGCUCGCUGCCGGCAUCCGGGGGGGAGGCCCCUGUCCCCGCCCUCGUCCCCGCCCACAGCCGGGGCUCGCUGCCGGCAUCCGGGGGGGAGGCCCCUGUCCCCGCCCUCGUCCCCGCCCACAGCCGGGGCUCGCUGCCGGCAUCCGGGGGGGAGGCCCCUGUCCCCGCCCUCGUCCCCGCCCACAGCCGGGGCUCGCUGCCGGCAUCCGGGGGAGAGGCCCCUGUCCCCGCCCUCGUCCCCGCCCACAGCCGGGGCUCGCUGCCGGCAUCCGGGGAGGCCGCCGGCUCCCCCACCGGCACGGGGCGGGCGCUCAGCGGGGAAGGUCGGCGUGCUGAGGCUGCGGGACCCCGGAAUACAAGGGCUUGUCGGGCUGGAUGGGGCCUCGCGGAGCAGGCGGACAGAGCAGGGGCGGCCGGGCCGGGGGGGCUGGGCUGGCGCGCCCCGGCUUCGCUCUCCCGGGGGCCGUGCUGCGCCGGGGCUGGGGGCCGGCGGGCGGCCUAGGGCAGAGGGGCCUCGGCCUCACUCGGGUGUGUGUCUGGAGGAGCGGCGGCCGCUGGUCCCGAGCCCACCGGGUGGCCCGAGCGCAGGGCUCAGGCGGGAGGGGGAGACGGGGGGCGGGAGCCAGGCCUCCCCUGAGGACCGGCUGCGAGCCGGCUGCGGCCGGGCGAGGGGUCUCAGCCUGGGCGAAGCCGGGCAGGCGGCUGCAGGGGAGGCCAGGCCUCCCGGGGGCCGCUCCCGCGGCUGGUGGCAGCGCUUCCUCUGCGUUUGGAACAUGGUUCCUGGGGCGCAGAGUAGAAAGGGAGGAGAGCUUUUCACGAAGCCCUUUGAACACUCGGAACUGGUUAGAAGGAGCAAGAGAUGCACGUCUGACAGCGUCCCGGGAAGUCUUUCCAUCUUGCUGUCUCGUGUGGCGGUGGAUUGGUGUGUCAGCGGGGAGGAGGCAGAGCGUCGUCCUGAAGGUGCUGCCAGGCCGCUCCACCGAGAUGCCCGGUCCAGCCGGCCCUCUGUUCUGGGGAAGUCCCUGCCUUGGGAACCAUACGCGCUGUGCCCAGAGAAAAGUUGCCAUGUCCUCGUUUCCGUGUCCUCAGGAGGGAAGCUGGGCCAGAUGCUGGACCGCAUGGGCGCUGGACGCCUCCGCUCCCUGGGCCGCAUCCUGGCCAACCUGACCUCCUGUGUCCUGCUGACCCUCUUCCAGGGCCUGACCUCCGCCACCUCCCUGGAGGCGACCUCACAGGCCCUCAUGCAGAAGAACAGCUUCUUGGCCAGCCCAGUGCUAUUCCCUGCGUCCAUGUUUACCAAGAACCUCAGCUCAGAAUCUCUCCAGCUGCCGCCCCAGGUUACAUACAGCAUCCGGACCAGCAUCUUGUAUAGCAUAAGAACGGAUCUGGUGAAAAACCCUUUCUGGAAGUUCCACCCUCAGAGCCUCCCAGGCGAUGGGUUCAAGUAUAACUACAUCUUUGUCCCAUUGCAAGACAUGAUCGAAAGAGCUAUCAUCUCAGUGCAGACGGGGCAGGAGGCCCUGGACCCGGCUGAGCAGGUGCAGACCAUCACGUACCCGUGUCACACCAGCCACCUGUUCUUGAACAAUGUCGGCUCCUUCUUCCCGCAGAUAACGAUGCUCACGUGGAUGGUGUCUGUGGCCAGCAUGGUCCGCAGGCUGGUUUACGAGCGGGAGAUCCAGCUGGAGGAGUAUGUGAGGACGAUGGGCGUGCCCCCUGCCGUCCACUUGCUGGCCCGGCUCCCGGAGCACGGGGCUAAGCUGACAGUGAGCAGCGCCGCCCUGGCCCUCAUCCUCGGGGUCAGCGGCAUCUUCCCCUUCAGCAGCACCUGGAGCAUCCUCUUCCUCCUGGACGUCGGGGUGUCGGUGGUCACGCUGAGCUGCCUCCUGAGUGCAUCCUUCGGCCGGGCGAGCUCGGCCGCCCUGUGCAGCAGCCUGCCCUACGCGGCCAGCUUCCUGCCCUGCAUCGUGCCGGCCUGCAGGCCUCCCUCGUCAUACCUCCUCUCCACAACUGCCUUUGGACGAGGAGUAUUUUUGGUUACAUACCUGGAAGGGCAAGAGGCAGGGAUUCAGUAGGAUAAUGUGUACCGGUCUCUGGAACUAGUGGGCAUGACAUUUGGCUGGGUUUGCUGGAUGAUUCUCUUUGAUUCAGGCCUUUACUUCUUAUGUGGAUGGCACUAGAACAACUUGAUUCCUGGAACUUCCGGUUUAAGGAAACCAUGGUAUUUUCCCAUCACCGCUUCCUAUUGGCAGGAUGUGUGUGGGUUGGUGGUGAAAAGGCAGAUCGUGGCGGGUUCUCACCUGUUCUUCUUCAGUGCGGAUGUGGACAGUCAAGGCUCAUGCAUGCAAAAUGGGGAAGGAGAGCUGGAAGGAGGCCCCCCAGGGGUUGUCCUGCUUUCUGUGACCAAGGAGCAUGUUCACCACCAGGCAGGGGUCCAGGACCUGACCCUGACCUUCCACAGGGACCAGAUCACUGCCCUGGGCACCAACAGUGCUGGGAAGACCACUGUCAUUUUGCAUUUUCUAGCGUUUCCUAUAAGUGGAGUUGUGCUGGGUCCCCCGUUGGCACGAUGCUCGGAGACCCACGUGUGGUACUGUCGCAUCAGCUGUCUGGUCCUGAGGAUUCCACGCGGUGGAAACACCACAAUCUUUGCUGAGGGGGCUCUACCCCCGCCAUCCGGAGCCAUCGCGGUCAAUGGCAGGAACCUGCAGACGGAGGCAUCCUCGGUCAGGGCGCAGCUGGGCGCGUGUCCGCAGCGCGACGUGCUGUUUGACCCCCUCACGGCGCUCGAGCACCUGCCGCUCUUCUCGUCCCUGAAGGCGCCACGGGGGGCCCGCCGGGAGCUGCGUGGGCGUGUCUGUAGAACUCUCCAGGACGCGGGGCUGGUGCAGCACCUGCCCCAACACGCCCGCGCCCACUCGGGGGGCACGUGGAGUAAGCUGUCCCUCAGCAUCGCUCUCCGACGCCUUGUGGUCCCGGACGAGCCCACCGGCGGGGUGGACCCGUGUUCCCGGCGUGGCGUCUGGGACGCGCUCCUCGAACACCGAGAAGGUGGGACCGUCAUCUUCACCACCCACCAGGUGGACGAGGCCGAGGUGCCGAGUGACCGCGUGGCCGUGCUGCAGCAGGGGCGGCUCCAGUGCUGCGGCACCCUCUCCAGCCUGACCCAGGCCCACGGCCGGGGCCUCCGCCUGACGCUCAGCGAGGAGCCUUCUGUUCUGGAGGCCGGUGACCCGAAGGACACAGCCUGUGCCACGUCUCUGAUGCAGACCUACAUCCCACAGGCAUCCCUCCGAGGCAGCAGCUGGGGCGAGCUGAGCUACACAAUCCCUGAGGAUGCAGACAGAACCUGCUUCAAAGGGCUUUUCCAGGCCCUGGACCGGAACCUUCACCACCUGCCCCUGACGGGCCAUGGGAUCUCAGACGCCAGCUUAGAAGAGGUGUUUCUGAGUCUUUUGCAAGAUUCCUCGAAGCAAUGUGACGCUGCCCCAGGGACAGAGUCGGGGUCCCCAGAGCCUGUCCCUGGUGUCUGGGCUCAAACUCUCCUGGUUGCUGGGAAGCCGACCCUCCUCGCGGCUCUGUGCCCCCCGCAUCAGAGGAGCCCCGUUCCUGCACCACGGAGACCACUGACCUCUGCCCGCACAAACCUCCUGUACCCGUCCUCUGCGCCCCUCUCCUUGUCACCUGCCCAGGCCCAGACCCAGAGGACCCGGGGCCGGGGCUUGCCUCGCAGUGUCUGCGUUGUGGCCCAGCUGGAUCCCGUCCAUUCUCGAGCCGAUGGGGCCCCGUCUGGCCCCCGGGACCUGCGCCACAGCUCCUCUGCUGCCCCCGAGACCCCGCCCCUCCCCGUGUCUCGGAGAGAAUCCCUAGUUGUUCUUCCACGGUACUUUGGUGAACUCAUGACCCUGCACUGGAGGCAGGUGGUGACCAUCCGCCUUACUUGGGCCACCCCAGGCUUCUGCAGAGAACUGACGGCGGGUGCUUUGCAGAAAACCGUCUACCAGAAUGAAAAUGGAAUUGAAAUAGACUUGGGCUGGUUAAUGCUGGUGGCAGGUGCCAGAAAGCAGCAGCUUCCGCUGGGGCCUUGGGAAGCGGGGAAAGUGUGUGGAGACGGAGUUCUCGCCAUCGUGCAGAUCAGACCUGCCAGAGAAGGUGCCAAAGGAAAACUUGGAGAAAGCUUUGUGGGCCUAUCGGUCUUCAGGAAGCUGAAGAAAGACAUGCCCUCGAGGGCACCCUCCUCCACACUCACCUCCUGGCCGGAGCGGAGGGGCGUUGAGCUGGGCAUCCUGAACCGGAUCAGUGAAGGGACCUGCACGACGGGGGGUGUGUUGGGGAUGCCACGUGGGUCCCGGGCACUAACCCUCCAUAUCUUCCUGUCCCCUCCGACGGCACGCCUGCUGGUACCCCCGGUGCGGGGCGGCCCCCUGCUCUGGGCACCAACGGCUGCCCUCCUGCUGAAGCGGCUCUGCCACUCGGGUCGGGCCUGGAAGGCCACCGCCGCCGACCUGCUGCUGCCCGUGCUCUUCGUGGCCUUGGCGAUGGACUUGCUCAUGGUGAGGCCUUUGGCCAUUGACUGCCUUCCCCUCAAACUGACACCUGGCCAUUACGACAUGGCCGAAACCUACUUUUUCAGCAGCAGUGAGAACUGUGACAUGGAGCUCACCCGCGUGCUUUUGCGGAAGUUUGGGGAUCAGGACCCUCUGGGGAAUUCUUCCUGCUGGUGCAUGGACCCCUUCUCUCACCCAGAAGUCCAGGAGUCCUGUGGCUGCCUGAAGUGCCCCAGUGGAAGCACCAGGGCUCCGUACCUGACCAACCGCCUGGGCCACAGGCUGCUCAACCUCUCCGGCCUCCCCUUGGAGGAGUAUUUGCUGGAGCCAGAGGAAAAACCAAGGCUCGGAGGAUGGUCUUUUGGAGUGAGAACCCCUGAUUAAGUUCAAGACGCACAUUCAAAUAUAUCAAAACCCAGAACUAUGGCAAAGGGCCAUUAAGUUCUCUUUCUUUUUUGGGUGUGGUACAAUCAGAAGGGCUUUCUUUCCCUGCCAUCCUACCUAAAUCAUCUCAACAACCUUAUUUUGUGGAGGCUCUUACCCCCUGUGGCAGACUAGAGGCAGUACGGAAGCACGCUCUACAGCCACCCAUACGGAGGAGCCUUGCUGAAUGAGGACAAGUUGCUGGAAAGCAUCCACCAGUGCGGCAUCACCCUAUGCAUCGUGCUUGGAUUCUCCAUCCUGUCCGCGUCCAUCGGCAGCUGUGUGCGGGACAGGGUGACUGGGGCCACGAGGCUGCAGCACAUGAGCGGCCUGGGCUACAGGACCUACUGGCUCACGAUCUUCCUGUGUGACGUGCUCUUUUACUUGGGUUCUGUCUGCCUGUGUGUCGCUGUGAUCCUCGCCUUCCAGUUAACGGCUUUCGCUUUCCGGGAUAACCUGGCGGCCACGGCCCUCCUGCUGGCACUUUCUGGACACUCGAAUCUUCCGUGGGUGUAUCUCAUCUCCAAAAUCUUCUUCAGUUCGGACGUGGCUUUAAUCUCCUACACCUCCCUGAACUUCCUCCUCGGUCUCUGCACCAUGCCGAUGUCCAUCAUGCCCUGGCUGUUGGCCUUUGUCUCCAAGUCUCAGAAUUUGCAGAACAUCUGUGACAUCCUCAAGUGGGUCUUCACUAUUUUCCCUCAAUUCUGCCUGGGUCAAGGGCUGAUAGAACUCUGUUACAAUCAGAUCAGAUACAACCUGACCCACAACUUCGACAUCGAUUUGUACGUGAGCCCCUUCAAGAUGAGCUUCCUGGGCUUGAUCUUUGUGCAGUUGGCAGUACAAGGGACGGUCCUUCUCCUCCUGAGGGUCCUGCUGCACGGGGACCUCUGGCAGUGGCCCAGGGGCCACUCUGCCAUUUGAGGCACAGUCACAUCUUCCAUGGACGUAGAUGUUGAAAAAGAGCAAGUGAGGGUGUUGGAAGGCAGAACUAGUGGAGACUAGUACAACCCUAGUAAGAGUUACAGAGGCUUCUUCAAGAGGACCACUGCCGUGCAAGAUAUUAGCUUGGGCCUACUCAGGGGAGAGUGCUUUGGGCUUCUACGGGUGAACGGACCUGGGAAAACCACCACAUUCAAAAUGCUGACCGGGGACCUGCCUCUGAGCUCAGGACACACCAUCCUCAGGACUCCCAUGGGAGAGGAUGUGGAUCUGGCUCUUGCUGGCACAGCCAGCAUCCGCGUUGGCUACUGUCUGCAGCAGGAUGCCCUGGACGAGCUCCUGACUGGCUGGGAACACCUGCGUUAUUACUGCAGCCUGCGUGGGAUUCUGCAGUGCAUCCCCAAAGUGGCCGGGGACCUCGUGAGGCGCCUCCACCUGGAGGCCCACGUGGACAAACCUGUGUCCACCUACAGCAGGGGGACCCAGAGGAAGCUGCCCACAGCCCUGGCCCUGCUGGGGAAACCCAACCAUCUCUUACUGGACGAACCCAGCUCGGAGAUGGAUCCCUGCUCCAAGUGGCACCUGUGGGAGGCGGUGACGAAGGAGGCUCAGGAGGGCUGUGCCGUGGUCCUGAGCUCCCACAGCAUGGAGGAGUGUGGGGCCGUGUGCACGAGACUUGCCAUCAUGGUCCAUGGCAGCUUCCGGUGCCUGGGGUCCCCACAGAACAUCAAAAACAGGUUUGGUGAUGAUUACACAGUCAAGGUUUGGCUCUGCAAUGAAGCAAAUCAACACAGUGCUGUUUCCGACUGCUUGAAGCUCUCUUUUCCAGGAAUCCAGUUUAAGGGGUAGCGCCUUAAUUUAUUGGAAUACCAUGUGCCAAAAAGAUGGGCGUGCUGCCUGUUCAGAGUUCUGGAGGACAACAAAAACUUCCUGAGUAUCAAAUAUUACUCCAUCAAGCAAACCCCUCUGGAACAGAUACUUGUUAAUUUUGUGACUGAGCAGCAACAAACUGCACCACCUUCUGGUCCGUCCGCCGGUCGUGAGCAUCCACAGAACCUGCCUGUCUAA